AUGUUAAAUAAUAAUUACGAAAGGAUUGGACUUGUACUUAAUUUAAUUCAACUUAUUGAAAAUUUAUUUUCAUUUUUGGCAGCUUUGAUUGUUUCUAGUGCUAUCGUUUAUAAUUUAUAUUGUGGUCGUUUGAAACGACAUGAAAAAAUAACUAUUAUUUUAUGUGCUCAUAUCUAUGUAUUAGUUUUGAUUCUCAUGAUUAUAACAACAUCAAUGAAUAUUAAUACAUUAUUAGGUGAUUUGUACAAAUUAAACUUUGAUUCAUCAUGGUGCCGAUGCAUGGGUUACUUGGCUAUUGUUGUAUUUUGUACUUUAUCUCAAGCAUUCGUCAAUCAAGCUUUUUAUCGUUUAUGUCGCAUUGUAUAUCCACAAUAUAAACGGUUUCAAUUAUUCUGGUUAUAUGUUAUUUUACCUUGUAUACAAUUAAUUUUAUCUUUUAUUCUAUUUUAUCCUCUUCUAUUAUGGCAUGAUGUAGUUUAUCUACCAAAAGAAUAUUAUUGUUAUGUUAAAUUUUCCAAUUUGCGAGGUACUUGUUGGAUUUUAUUUAAUGCAUAUGGUAUUCCUGUCUUAGUAUUAUCAUUUAUUUAUAUUCGUAUUACAAGAUUUCUUCGUCAACAAUCAAAUAAUCAAUCAUUAGUGGCAAAACGUCGACAACGUCGAGAUUUACUUAUUACUCGACGUAUUCUAAUUACUGUUGGUUUAUUACUUGUACUUGGUGUUCCAGGAGUAGUACUGUUAAUUAUGAGGAUUAUUAAAGGUGAAGAACAUCCUCUUAGCAUUCGAAUCACAUAUACAUUUGCUGCAUUGUCUAUCACAGGCUUGAGUAUUUCAUUCAUUCUUUCUAUACCUCAACUGAAGAACAUUGUUUUGAAGAAAUGGAAACAAGAACAAAUCAUCUCUAUUGAUAAUUCGUUAAUAUGCACAAAUCAUAUCAGAGACGAUACUCAAAAUUAA